AUGCAGCAUGCAGACGCAGAGCCCAAUCGCGACUAUGACUUAGAUGCUGCAAUAACUUCAACAUCGGGCUUGCGCCAGGGUCUUACAUCAUAUGGAGACGCGCACUUCUCCCUAUUUCUACGCAAAGUCUUCAUCAAAGCUCUCGGAUACUCCGAGGAUGCUCUCUCGCGGCCGAUUGUGGGGAUCAUCAAUACCUUUUCCGGUUUUAACCCAUGUCACGCCAAUGUGCCUCAGCUAAUUGAAGCAGCUAAGCGGGGUGUACAGCUGAAUGGCGGACUAGCGAUCGAGUUCCCAACUAUAAGCGUUCAUGAGUCGUUUUCCCACCCGACUAGCAUGUUCCUGCGCAAUCUCAUGAGUAUGGACACAGAGGAAAUGAUCAAGGCUCAACCAUUGGACGCGUGUAUCGUGAUUGGCGGCUGUGACAAAACCGUCCCCGCUCAGUUGAUGGGAGGAAUCUCGGCAAAUAAGCCUAUUCUUCCCUUGAUUACUGGACCCAUGCUACCAGGCAGCCACAGAGGUAAAAGAAUCGGCGCCUGUACUGAUUGUCGCAAUAACUGGGCUGCGUUCCGAGCAGGCGAGAUUGACAUGGAAGAGAUCUCAGCUAUCAACGAAGAGCUUGCCCCCGCUAUCGGAACAUGCGGGGUAAUGGGAACCGCUAGCACGAUGGCCUGUGUCACAGCCGGCUUAGGGAUGAUGCCGCUUCGCGGUGCAUCUGCGCCAGCCGUGUCAUCUGCGCGGCUUCGAAUUGCUGAAGAAACGGGUGCAAAUGCCGUGGCGGUGGCUAAGGCUUCCCGGAAACCCCAGGACAUCCUGACUAAAGAAUCAUUCUUUAAUGCCAUCACGGUACUUCAAGCUAUCGGUGGAUCUACCAAUGCCGUGGUGCAUCUGCUUGCCAUCGCCAACAGACACCCUGACCUUCAAGGGGUGAUCACUCUGCAAACGUUCGAAGAAAUCGGACAGAAGACCCCGUUGCUGAUCGACCUCAAGCCGAGCGGUGAUAAUUAUAUGAAUGAUUUCCAUAAUGCAGGUGGAAUGCCCGCUUUGCUACAUACCCUUCGACCGCUGCUCCACCUCUCUGCAAGGACAAUCUCCGGACAGACUCUGGGUGAAGUGCUCGAUGCGGCACAUUAUAAACGAGUUUCUUUCCCACAGUCAAUCAUUAGGCCUCUUGCAGAUCCUUUGUACGCCGCUGCUUCUUUAGUCGUGCUCCGAGGAAACCUUGCGCCGGACGGGGCGGUAAUGAAAGCGUCCGCAUCAAAGGAUCGCAAUCUACUAUCUCAUGCAGGGUUGGCUGUAGUAUUUGAAAAUUCAGCAGAUCUAGCCCAGCGAAUUGAUGAUCCAGAGCUUCCCGUCACCAAAGACAGCGUGUUGGUCCUCAAGGGCAUUGGCCCAAUCGGAAACCCGGGAAUGCCCGAAGCGGGCUUGAUUCCCAUUCCCAAGAAGCUCGCUGCUGCGGGAGUCAAGGAUAUGUUGCGCCUGUCAGACGGUCGGAUGUCGGGCACUGCAGGAGGGACCAUAGUGUUGCAUAUCUCGCCAGAGUCGGCUGUCCCCGGGUCACCAUUCGGCGCCGUGGAGACUGGAGACACAAUAAUAUGCGAUGUGGAGAAGCGUACGCUCCAUCUUGACAUCCCAGAUUCAGUGUUACAAUCGCGAAUUCAGCAGCGAACGCAGACUUUAGCAGGCGAUGGAGUUGUCCAGGCUCGGAAGCAAAAGCGAGGGUAUAGAGGAUUGUACGAACGUUCGGUUAACCAGGCUCACGAGGGAACUGACUUCGAUUUCCUCACAGCCGGAGGACCCCGCCAGUUUGGGUUAAAUCAGGUGCGCGACGCGUCGCGUCUUCCGUCGAUCAUUUGGGAUCUCUUGGAUCCGAGGGGUCUGGCAAUCCGUUCUGAGCGUCUCGCCAUAACAACAAAUUCAGCUGCGAGACCCGAGCUGGGAAUCCACACGAUGAGCGCUGACAUCGCUCGCCCUCGUGGGCGGCCAGCCCAUACCCCGGGAACAACGGUGCUGGCAUACACACCCAAUGGCAAGCAGAUUAUUACCGGUGGAUCAAACUCGGCAAUUCGGGUCUAUACAAGCGGUGAAGAUGGCGAACCAAAAACAAUUGACGAAGGCGUGGACGGGCAUUUUGGAAUCGGGGCCACGGAUGAAACCUUUAUCAUGGGCGCUGAAGAUGGAACUGUAUGGCAGUAUGAGACUGCAUCAGGCCGCAUGAAGAACCUCUUGGUGCGGUGCGCGCUGCCAGUACGAGACAUCGCGAUAUCCAAAGACACCGCAUGGGUCGCGGUCGCAAGCGAUGAGCUCACCGUCAAAGUCGUCAAGGUCAAGGAUAUGACCCAGGUGAAGUACCUGCGAGAACAAGCCAAAGGCACCAAACAUGUCACUUUCCAUCCUCAAGGCCGAUACAUCGCUGUCUCCGGAACAGACGGUAUUUUGUAUGUUUAUUCGUUAGAUGGCGACGAACCCGAGCUCUCCCGGAAACUCGACGGAGCUAUUCGACGCCUUGAGCCCGAUGCUGAGGCUACCUCCCGAGCUGUUUGGCAUCCGGACGGUACUGCAUUCGUGGUUGCAACCGCGACUAGGGACAUCUCGCUGUACUCCAUUUCAUCAUGGAAUCAAGAGAAGACGUUCAGUGGAGGACACACUGGCGAUAUCACGGCCUUGGCUUGGUCCCCCAAUGGAGCAGUGUUGGCAUCAGCGGGCCUCGACGGCCGAAUUGUGCUCUGGGACUCCCGGACUCAGAGUAUCCUGCAAACUCACGAAUAUGGCAACGUCCUCAACCUAGCGUGGCAUCCGCACCAAAACACACUUUCCUUCACCACUUCAGAUGGCGAGCUGUUCAUCUACGAUAAUGCCCUUCCCCGUGCUCAUGAGGCAUUGCUAGCAAAGCAACUGCAAGCCGCCCCGAUUGGCCCUGGCCCCUUAGCGGAAGUGUCGAGCAAUGUCCAGCGGACAUUGGCAGACCGUUCUAGGGACGCGGUCAAACAGGCCGCUCGCGCAGGCACCCCCGAUUCACUCGAUGAUAUUCUGGGCCAGGAUGAGGAGAUGGCAGAUUUCGUGGACGAUGAUGACGGCGCCGGAUACGCAGAGGGGCUCAACUCAUAUGGCAAGCGGCCAAAUGGCCAUCUCGAUGACCUGGAGGGCCCGGAUAGUAAGCGAAUCUACUCAGGCUUUUUACAACCGAAGGCCCAUCCACCUAUCCAGCCUGGCAGCACGCCAUGGGCAGGAAGUCGGCGAUAUCUUUGCUUAAACUUGAUUGCCGCAGUCUGGACUGUGGACCAAGAGACUCACCAUACAGUGACUGUUGAGUUUUACGAUCGAGAACUUCAUCGAGACUUUCACUUCACUGACCCGUACCAAUACGACAAGGCUUGCAUUAAUGAGAAUGGAACUCUCUUCUCGAACAGUCCCGCUGAUGGCCCGGCCACUAUCUUCUAUCGGCCUCACGAGACGUGGACUACUCGAGCGGAUUGGCGAACUCAACUACCCGACGGAGAGGGCGUGCGAGCUCUGGCGCUGAGCGAUUCCUACAUCGUUGCGGUUACCACCAAAGAUUAUGUACGCGUGUACACCCUUUUCGGAACCCCCUACCGAGUAUAUCGGCAAAAGAGCGAAGCCGUGACCUGUGCCGCAUGGCGAGACUACAUCAUGACCAUUGGCAAUGGCCCGGUUGGAAGCGAUGGUCGACACGCCACACUGCGGUACACCGUGGAGAAUGUCAAAAGAGAUGAGAUUUGCCAAAACGAGGAUGUGGUGGCUCUCCCGACAGGUGCCCAACUGCAGAGUGUGUUCUUCUCUGACUCUGGGGACCCAUGCAUCUAUGACUCCACCGGCGUCUUACUUGUUCUCCAGCACUGGCGCAUCCAGGGACAAGCCAGAUGGGUGCCUCUCUUGGAUACAAAGCAGCUGGCUCGAUUAGCGAAAGGCCGCAAGGAAGAGUCUUACUGGCCUGUUGCAGUCGCCCAUGAUAGAUUCCACUGUAUUAUUCUGAAGGGUGGCGACAAAAACCCUUAUUUCCCACGCCCGCUGCUCAGUGAGUUCGAGUUCCAGGUGCCUAUCUCCAGCCACGCUGUUAGAGGGACGGACGAGGCGGACGAAGCACCGGCAGAGCGCAACGAAGGUGCUCGUUUUGAGGAGGCCUUUGUACGCGGUAACAUCCUCCUUUCGCUUUUCCGAGAUCUUCUCGCUUCGACCAAUGCCACGGCCAGUCAACGUUCGGAGCUGGCGCGCAAGGAGCUGGAACUUGAUAAGACUCUGCUACAGAUGCUGGCCGUCGAAUGCAGAGAGGGCGAGGACCGUGGUAUGAAAGCACUAGAGCUUGUCGGCAUGAUGAGUGACCGCAAUGGCAAAAUGCUUGAAGCAGCAGCCAAGGUGGCUCAGCGUUACGACCGUGGGGUGUUGGAGGACAAGAUCCGCGAUCUCGCGGAGCGUCGAGUGAUGGGACUGGGUGAUGAUGACGAAUUGGCCUGA